AUGAAGUUCAUCCAGUAUACAACUAAGGAACACCCUGAAGAUAUUCGACUUGGUUAUCUCGAGGACGAGUGUGUUAUAGACAUUGGAUUGAGGGAACAAGGCAUGCCACAUACAAUGCUACAAUUCUUACAGAACGAUUACUAUUUAGAAAGAUUAAAGGAGUUGAAAUGGAAAAGACCGUGUUGUAUGAAGAAUCUGAAAGAUGUGCUAUUGAAGGCUCCGAUUACCGGCAUGGACAAAGUCAUAUGCGUCUGCCUGAACUAUAAGGAUCAUUGCGAACUGCAUAAAAUUCCAAUACCACCAGUGCCUGUGAUUUUCAGCAAGUUUGCCAGUGUCGUCAUCGGUCCAAGCGAUCCGUUGCUAAUUAGGACUGAUAUCACAUGCAAAGUGGAUUGGGAAGUAGAAUUAUGCAUAGUGAUGGGCAAAAAGGCGUCGUGUGUGAAACAAUGUAGAGCUUAUGAGUAUAUAUUCGGAUUUACUGUAGCGAAUGACGUCACCGCCAGGGACUGGCAAAGAGAAAGAAAUGGCGGACAGUUCUUACUGGGCAAGUCUAUGGACACAUUUUGCCCUGUGGGCCCUUGGAUAGUAACCUUAGAUGAGUUGGGAAGUGUUGAUAAUUUAGAGAUAAAGUGCAGUUUAAAUGGUGUCAACAAACAGAGGAGCAACACUAAUCAGCUGAUAUAUAAAGUCCCUGCAAUAAUCGAAAGAUUAACACAAUUAAUUACUCUUCUACCAGGGGAUAUAAUCUUAACCGGUUCUCCGAGUGGGCUAGGCGUGUAUUCUAACCCUCCAGAAUUUAUGAAGCCAGGCGACAUUCUUCGGAGUGAGAUAGAGAAAAUUGGAGUCCUGGAAACUAGAGUGGAACGGUACAUAAAACCCGACGACUUCCCCUGGCAAAACUACAAGAUUGACAAGAACUGUUUGUAUUGAUAUAUUUUUAUACACCAACUUAAGUAGGCCUAUUUAAGUUUCACAGCUCCUAAGCGAGUUGCACACCCACUAAACUUAGCUAAGCUCUUGGUCUGCAAUCUACUUAAAACUACUAAUUAGUGCAGUUCCUCACUUAAAUAAAGCUAGUUUAAGAACUGUGAAAUGAUGUACAA